AUGCUAGCUCUUCUAGGGGAAGAAUCGUCUAACAGUGCUAAGUUUUAUUUUCAUCUUUUGGUAAUGUCACCUUGGAGUCUGCUCGAAAAAUCACAGGUACAUUUGGUCCACUACCAUCUGACACUUAGAAGCCCUGGAAGUAUCCUGAGACUCAAGGUGGCAAGACAGGUUGAAAGGCUCAUCUUUAGCCAAGUUCAAGUUAUCUGCAAGUAGUAAGCGGAGCAAUGUAACCUCCUGGACUUAAAGAAUAAUGCUUGUGCUCUAGCCCAUCGUCAUAUUCUGCAUAUUGCCCGUGCAAUGCUAACUUACCCUCUUCAGUUAACUGUUUUUCUCAGGUUUCAUCUCUAUAUAUUUUUUUAAGUAUGUUGAAUCAUUGCGAUCGAAAUGCUCUCUUUCAAGGUUGGCUAACAAAAUGAUUUGGUGGUUUAAUGAAACUUGUAAUUGUAAUUAAAAACUUCUAUAACACAUUUUCCAUGACUAAAUGAUCAAAUGUGCUUUACAUGAUCAAUAAUAGACAAAUCCCAAUAUGAAUGUUUCCUAACUGAUCGAUAUAGAUCUUCCAGUAAUCUAAAAUUCUAAAAAAUAUUUCAAUAGUUCUAAUGUUCUUAUAAAAUAUUUCUUAUAGUCAAAUUUAUACUCUAAAAAGUUCUAUGAAAAAGCAAAACGAAAAAAGCGAGUUUUCAAAAGUCCCUUGAAUUUCUUUAAACUGUUUGCGUUCUUAAUAUCGCAGGGCAAGCCAUAACUUGCAGCCAUAGCAAAUGAUCUGUCACCCAAUGUUGCAUGUGAUUGGGUAUGAUUGGGUGACAGAUCAUUUGCUAUGAGAUAGAUAGUGUAUUUAAAAUUCACCUUGCAGCUGGACAGCUGAAUUGCGUGAUUUACAAGAGUAUAUAAAACAUUAUUUAAAAGAUAGAAUAUGAGUUAAUUUAGGCAUAUUUACAAAUAGUCAUUAAAACGCUUAGUACUAAAAAUUACAUUAACUUAAGUUACUAGACAUAGGAAUAAAAGUUUUUUUAAAUCUUUCUGUAUUAGUUUCGAAUCGUUCAAACAGUCUAUUGUUCCUGAGUUGGUAAACCGACUCAUGUUUGGGAGGCAGUAAAUUAUGCAGUUUGUGUGUCGGAUUGUUAGUAAUAUUUGUAAAAAGUUUGUUACACAUUUCUUCGCGUCUUUGGAACAAAGUUUGAAGAUUGAAAUAUUCUAAAGUUUCGCUAUAUGAGUUCGCGGGUAAAAUGAUCUUCAGUGUCUUCAGUGCUCGCUUUUGUACCGUCUCAAGAUCUUCUGACAGGAAGGAUGGGAUUGAGUAAUGGAAAACCGGGGCACAAUAUUCCAAAAUGGGCCUGAUAACUGUACAGUAGAAGUUUACAAUGUCUUUCGGACUGACUUUUGCGCGCUUAAGUAAGAUAAUGGCUGCACCAAAGUGGGGAAGAACUUUUUAGAGUUUGUAUUUGACAAUUAGAAAUAUUUUAUAAGAACAUUAGAACUAUUAUUUUAUAAGAACAUUAGAAACCAAUGGUACUGGUAAAGAAUUUGAUUGCAGGUUCACAGGCAAAGACUCACAGAUGUUCUUGCACAAUUUUAUGUUUCUUAUAGAUAUUCUUGAGAAAGACUCUGCUGCGGGGCUUUAUCCAAGCACCUGCUGACCUUCGGUAAACAGAGGUCAAAACUCAAUCUUGGAUUUUUAAACUGAAUCUUACCUCGAAAGAAAAAAAAAAACAACGAAAAAUCAUUUGCACACGCUUUAGUGUUUGGAAUUCCGAGAAACAGGGUUAUUUUAGCUGUUCCUUUUUCAGAAUAAAACGACAUGUCACGGUGGGCAUAAAAGACAGCGAAUUUGGCCAAGUACAUAUAACUUUCUCUCGUUAGUUUGGAAUAUCACGAAACUCCCUCACAGGAUAGAACUUAACAUUCCUAAAAAUCGUAUGUUUUUGUUUUUCGAUUUUGUUACAUUUUGGCGGGAAAAUGACGUGCCAACUUUGGCGCCAAAAAAAUUAAACACGAGCUAAGAACAUGCUAGUAACUUUUUUGAAAAGAUUGUCCUAUAAGGAUCUCAAAACUGUAAAAACAUUAAAAAUACAACAAGGCAGUGCGAAGAUAUGGCGAUUCAAAGUUCGAAAAAAAUCUGUUUUUAGUAACAAAAUGGCUGAUUUUUCAGUAAAAAUAGAAAUUUGAAUCGCCAUAUCUUCGCACUGCCUUGUUGUAUUUUUAAUGUUUUUACAGUUUUGAGAUCCUUAUAGGACAAUCUUUUCAAAAAAGUUACUAGCAUGUUCUUAGCUUGUGUUUAAUUUUUUGGCGCCAAAGUUAGCAUGUCAUUUUCCCGCCAAAAUGUAACAAAAUCGAAAAACAAAAAACAUACGAUUUUUAGGAAUGUUAAGUUCUAUCCUGUGAGGGAGUUUCGUGAUAUUCCAAACUAACGAGAGAAAGUUAUAUGUACUUGGCCAAAUUCGCUGUCUUUUAUGCCCACCGUGUGUUAUUGUUUAUGUUAUAAAGCUACCUAUAUUGUAUUUUUUGUCUUUUUAUGCCCCAUCAUGCUUAGAUGGCAUGCAUUUUUGGAUUUCUGAUGACAAUUUCGAUCAAAUCAGCACAAAAUGAAAUGGGAUGAUUGAAGAAUAACAAAAAUUACAUAUAGAAAGUAAAUUUUUCAAACUAGAAUCUAAAAUUUAUGCAACCUUGAUCUGAAAGAGUGAAGAAGCCACAGAAAAAAUAUGCUCGAAUACAAGUACAUCGAUGCAUGGCCCUCUUUGGUAUUGCGCAAAUCUUUACAUAAGAUUACAUCAUUCACAAACCAUGCGGUUACAUUCAAGCAAAAUGAUCUAAGAUGCUGAAAUAGCAAAAGAUUUCAGGGACUUUGCCCCUAGAUUCAUGCGUCACAACAACUGAAUCUUCUUUUCUAAAACGGGGGUCAGCAAAAGUGCUUGGAUAAAGCCCUGCACUGGUAUGCACUUUAAACAUCUUCAUAUUCAUGCUUUUCUUUGUCUUUGUCUUGGAGACUCAGUUUCCUUGUUUAGUCAUAUUAAUAUCACAAAUAGACAGGUAAGUAUGUUAAAACAACAUUGUUCUGACUUUGUUUGUGGUUAUACACUUUUUUCCGGUGAAUCCUAACAUCUGGACUCUUGACAUUCCAACUCUCCCGAUUUUACCAGGAAUCUCCCGAAAAUUCAUGCAAUCUCCGGGUCUCCCGAUUUUUAUUAAAUUCUCUUGAUUUUUCAGAAUAUUCAGGAAAUAUCGUGGAAAUAUCGUGAUUUUUCAGAAUAUUCAGGAAAUAUCGACAGGAAAUAUCGUCAAUGCCAUCCGUAUUUAUUAUUUGAUUUCCGACAUACAUGACGGGUAAAUUAAAUAUUAAAGAACUCUGUAAGUAUUUCCACUUCUGGUGUGUUACUCUUACUAUGUCAGACAAUGUGACAACAAUCAGAGCAGAUUCGACACAAACUACAGUAACAGAGGUUGACAUGGAGAGUAGCAGUUAAAGCACAGUCACAUUACACAAUGACUUGAAUAUUCCAAUUGAGAUUAUGUCCACUUAAAGUGCCCCUGACCUGUGCCCCAAAACAUUUUUUGUCAAAAAUUUUUUGUCUAAUGAAAGUACACAUUAGGUGGAGUGUCUUGGUGAAAGAAUUUUUUGAUUUCGUCAAAAAGCAAAAAUUUUAGAGCGGUUUGAACACGCCAAAAUUAGGCUUUUCGAUGGCACGCGUCCGUGGUCAAAAUAAACUGUUAAGGAACUGGAACGAGCAUCAUUUGUUACGUCACGCAAGUGAGUAAUAUUGAUAUUAUAUUAUUCUUAUACAAUGUUGGCGCGUUAGUAUGCAAAUUUUUUCAUCGCGAUAUUCAUAGUAAAAGAUAUGCCUUUUUAUUGUGUUGCUGCUAACUGUACCAACAAAGCAAGCUUAAAAGAUGGAAUAAGUUUACAUACUAUUCCAUUCUUCAACGACGAAUGCGCUGAAGCUAAGAGAAGGAGAAAAUUGUGGGUUGACUUUGUAUCAUCGAAGCGUUUGUUUGUGCCUUCGAAGACUUCGACUAUAUGCUCCGACCAUUUCACGCCAGAGGAUUACGAGAGGCGAUCUUUUUCGUUGCCGGGACUCAGCAUGCCAAAUUAUCAGAAGCUAAAGACUGACGAACUGGGAGUUUGCGUUUAUCCUACCAUCCAUGCUUCGUCAUCGAAGGAAGUUGCGAUCAACCAGAAUCAAAGUACGAGAAGCAAGCGCUUGGUAUGUACUAUUUGUUGUUUCGUUUCAAAUUUUAACAUUAGUUGGUUAUUAUUUGUCAGCUAUCAAAUCACUUACGGUUUCGUCUACUCUUUUUCCAUCCACAAGGUUAUAAGGAAUUUAAUUGACAAAGAAGCAGAUGAUAGCUCCCUAAACAUAGUGUCACAGCCUUCUGCCAAGAAAUCUACCAGAACACCGAGGAGGACGAACUAUCAACCGACUUUGAGUGCAGAGCCAGAGGAGAUCUUGAUACCGGUCAAUAAAAGUUGCUGUGAUGAGAUAGUAAGUAAAAAAUUGCGUCUCUGCAAGUCGAUUCAAUAUUAUAAGACAUGUGAGAAUAUGUAUAUACAUUCCCAACAAUUUACAUAGAUAUUUUUGAUUGCUUAGGAACAGCUUAGCGUGGUUAGCCAUUCAGAUUCAGAUACAAAUGCCAAGCAAAUGGACGAAUGCUCGAAAAAAGACGAGAACAAAAAUUUGCGAAAGAUCAAAGAAGACGAUGUAUUGCUUGAGACAAACAGAAGAUUAAAAAAUAAAGUCCUUUCUCUUCAAGCAAGCCAGAAAAUGAGGAAAAGAGAACUGAGAAAUAUGAAACGUAAAGGUGUGUGCACUGUCAAUAAGCCUAAUUUUUAAAAUCAAAAAUGGAAAUAAUGCAUGGAAAAGUAAAUUAUGUAUUAUUAUUGUGUAUAUGUGCCAGCAGUAUAUCAGUCAGACGUCAUGCAACAUUAGCUUUUUAUGCAUGUCCAAGACUCACAGAAUUGAAACUGAAACAUUUGCUCAUGGGUGGGGCAUUUUUCUGUUCGUGUCAUACCUGCCCUUGGUCUUUAGCAACAGAAUUGAAAAAAACGUAAAACCCAUCUGGAUUUACGUAAGAGGGCAUGCUUUCAUUUGCCUGAUAUAUACUUAGCUUGCUUUCUUUUUCUAUAUUGAUAUUCCUCUAUAGUAAGCUAUCUUGAAGAACUGCUUCAAGAAGACAAGAAUAAGGAGAGGAGAGAAAUUAUGUAUCUGGAUUCUGACGACAAUAUGAAAAGUGAUGAUGAAGAAGAAAGUGAAAUGGAUCAACCCUAUGUGAUGGAAACUGAUGAUAUAUCUGCUUCAGAAGAUGAAGAUGAUCUGGAAGAUGAACCAGAAGCUCA